GCAUGUGAAGCAGAGUUACGGCGUGAGUUUCCUGAUAUCCACGUCACGAGUAUCCGUGCUGUCAUGGCCGAAUGCAAUGGAUCGUGGACGUUGAGUCGGGAACGAUUGAGCGUUUUGGACAAGACUCGGAGUGGAAUUUGGAGGAGCUUGGUCAACGUUUUCACCCGUAAGAGGGCACGAUCGAGAUCGAACUCUGCUGCGGCGGGUGCGUUGACGUGUCCGGAACUGGAGGCGGAGAUGUGGGAUGCGAGGAAGGAUGAGCGUGAAGCACUUGUCGUGACAGAUGAACAACUGGCACGGACGUUGAAUGAGGAAGAGUAUGAGAAGAAAGGCGAGCUGGUUGAAUGUGGAUGCUGUUUCGGGGAUUAUGCAUGGGAAGACCUGGCAAGCUGCAGUGACGGCCAUCUGUUCUGCCAUGACUGUUUGAAGAAUACAUUCAAGGAGGGCAUUCUGGGGCAGGGAAGUCUACGAGGAUCUCCGACAGUGCCGUGUAUUUCCCUUUCCGGCGGAGACGUCUGCAAUGCCUAUAUUCCUUGGGACACAAUCGACAGAGUGGUGGAUCCCGAGUUGCGGCGUAUGCAUGCAGAGAGUGUCGUGAGGGAGCAACUGGAGAGAAGUGGUGUUAGGGUAGUGCGGUGUUCGUUUUGUCCUUACGCGGAGGUUGAGGAGGUAUGGUGGAGUGUUGUUGCGGCAUGGAACGGAAUGCAAGGCAGUGAGCUGUUGGCCGCAUUGGCUCUGUUGCCGAUCCUGGUUCUGGGACUCGCGGUGGUUCUGUUGUAUGCAACGGCGAGUGUGUUGAUACAGUGCAAGAACCCAGCAGUCUACGUGCGUGAUGCGAGAAGGAAAGUCCAUGCAAAAUGCCUGGAUAUCGGCAUCCAAAUCCGCCGCAAACGAAACGGAAGCCGGUUCAGAUGCCAAAAUAGCGAUUGCAGCCGAGACUCGUGUCUUGAGUGCGGUCGGGAAUGGUUCCCCUUCCACCGCUGUUUUGAAGAAGAAGGCGACGGUCUCCGUCUCUACGUCGAGAAAGCCAUGGCAGACGCCGUGAAGCGCACCUGCCCAAUCUGCCAAGUCUCGUUCGUCAAGUCUGAUGGAUGCAAUAAACUCGUGUGCCCAUGUGGAUAUGCGAUGUGUUAUGUGUGUCGACAGGAUAUUAGAGAAGAGAGCUACGCUCAUUUCUGUGAUCAUUUCCGACCGGUGCCGGGGAUGCCGUGUGAGGAGUGCCAAAAAUGCAAUUUAUACGUUGUGGAGGAUGAGGGAAUCGCUGUCAAGGAAGCGGCGGAGAGAGCGAGAAAGGAGUGGUUGGUGCAACAUCAGAAUUUCCGAGAAGAGAUAUACAAGGGAGCCGUCAAGGGCGAUAUUGGCCCCCCCGGCUUGUUGGAUAAUCGUUCGGAUGGAUGGGAUAUGGAUCAGAUUCUGGAGGAUAUAUUGGGUUAUUUCUUGGUGUAUUGAUAUUGCGGCGUCUUGUUUCUCAUGUUUCGGAGUUUAUGAGCACACUCAUUUGGAUACGGUUUAGUUAGGUUCUGGGUCG